AUGAUUUGUGUCAUUUCUGAUUCUGGGUUUCGAUUUUUAUGUGCCAUAGUGUUAUGUAGUAGAGCUGAUAACGUUAGCAAUUUCAUUGAGGCUGAUUCAAUCUUCGGCCCGGAUAGUCGUCUUGUGUACAAACAUUAUGCAACACUGUACUUUGUCUUUGUGUUUGAUAGUCAUGAGAAUGAGCUUGCGAUGCUUGAUCUCAUACAAGUCAGCUUUAUGGUUUAUGGUCUGAAGAUUUAUUGUUAUUUGAAGUGGGCUUUUUUGUAUAGUCAAAAAGAGGUUGUUUUAGCCCUUGAAAUGAAGAUUAAUUUUAUUGGUCAUGUUCCACCCAAUUCUAUACAGUGUAUAGUUUUUGUGGAAACACUGGACAAGUGCUUCAGGAAUGUAUGCGAGCUUGACAUAGUGUUCAAUUAUAGCAAGCUCCAUACUAUGGUAGAUGAGAUAAUUUUAGGAGGUCAAGUGCUGGAAACAAGUUCUUCAGAGGUUAUGAGAGCUGUUGAAGAAAUAUCAAAGUCAGAAGCAGCCUCAAAUUCUAUCUCAUUGGUCCCUAAAAAAGUUUCUGGUUGGCGGAGCCGUAAUCGGAGUUUGAUGCGCUAG